GAGUGACAGUUAUUGUGACUUUCCUGUUUCCUACCACUCCCUCCUUUUCCACCAAACUUUCAGUACAAUGGAGUUCUCUCCUCGGUAUUCACAACCGUUUACACUAGAGGAAGCUAUACACCUCGACCUUCCCGUGAUAACAGAAGAAAUCGCUCGUCUUGAAAACUCGCUUCUUCACCUGGGGCAAACUCAGGAAGAACUACGGGAGUAUACUAAAGGCCCCCCACCGUCGUCUCAAGAUCCAGAUAUUUUGCAAGCAAUUGAGGAAAAUGAGAUCACAAUAGGCUCACAACAAGAGCGCGUACUCAUGCUGAAAUUGGCUUUGACCCACAAAGGCGUACCAGAAAGCAGCGGUGCUCAUUACGAUUUUGCCCUAUCAGUCACCAAUCAUGAUACUUCUCUAAAUGGGAGAAAUACCUCUCCGACGAACGAGCGUGUUACUUCAGAAGGGACGGAGGAAGAUGGUGUUUAUUUGUAGCCUAUUAUUAUCAUGCAUGUCUCUGGCGCUUGCUUCUGGUCUUUCAUAAUAACUGGCUUUGCAAU